AUGUGCGGUUAUGGAUAUCCCUUUUAUGUAUCGUCCACUUUUCUCUCAGCACAAGAGUUUAUUAGCAAAAGAAUCCAUAAAAUCGCUGAGGCACAAAUGAAAAUUGCUGGCGAUGAAGAACGUCAAUUAGCAAUAGAAGCUGGUGAGAUAGAUAGUGACGGAACCCCUAUGUGCACUGUAGUUGACAAUGGUCCAAGCGCAGUUAUAAGACCAAAUAUGAUGCAUUAUCUGGAGUGGUAA